GUUUCAAGGAUGUAUUGCUCUCGUAAGAUAUAGUACCGAGGCUAAGCGAUUUCGGAAUGCUAGGCUCUUGCGGUAUGAAGGCAUUUCUAAAAACUGCAGCGGUGAGACGUGUUCAAAUGCAGAACAGAACAUGUGUCAAAAUGGGGGACGGUGUGUUGACCUGGUGGUCCGGGCCGAAUGUGAUUGUGAGAAAACUGGGUACUAUGGUCGCUUUUGUGAACAAAAAGGAUCUUCAUAUGUGAACAGAACAGUUUUCAAUGGAACAGAUAUCACCGGACAGAAAAACAACACCAGUGACGAUGACAAUAACGUCAGUAGCGGUGGAGAUGUACGUGAAAGCAAUGAAGAUAACAAUAAUGUGAAUGAUCCAGAUGAAAGCCCUAAAGGAGUAACAGUGGGCAAAAGCAAAAAGGCUCAGAAUGCAGUUUCACCUCUGCUCGUUUCCCCGCCGGUCUGCCUUCUUCUUUACGUUGCAGCUUUACUCAUGCGCAAUGAUGUAGCCUGAUUGCAUCCAGUUUCUACUCCUCUGACAGCUGGAGUCGCGGAGGAAUCUCUAGCCUCAAGUCUGUAGAUAUAAUUGAGAGUAGAUCAGCAGGCGGGAAGGUAGCAGAAGUUUAAAAUAACCGUAUUAAUACUUGAUAUUAUCUAGCUUUCAGAAGUUGAGACAACAGAACUUUUCAGCAUGGUACUACCAAUUUGAACCACUUUGGAAAUUUUCACAAGUUCUCGUUACUCCGUGCAAUAAGUUAACUACAGAUUCUGUGAGAUGUAAAAGAGGAAAAAAGGCAAACAAAAGAAAAGCAUUCUAAAUGA